UCCAAUAAUGAUGCACAAAUGGGCCAAUUGAUUGAUGACUAUUGAGAGAUCAACAUGACAGUAAGAUGAUGGUUAUUGGAACUAUGUUAUCUAUUAAUGCUCUUCCCUAAUCUUAGAAGAAUUUAAUGCUUUAUUUUUUACAGUGGUGUAUGAAGAUGGUUGUUAUGCAAGAAUCUCCUUGUUUGAGAAUCAACAGGAAGAGCGAAAAAAUGCUGUUUAAUUCAAAAAUAUUUUUGACUUUGAAUAGAAAGUUCGGUGAUGGCAAUAUUUUUUCGAGAGCGGAAAAACCAAAGAAUUUACAAAAACAUGUGCGCAGCGGAAUCGUUUAACGCGGUUUUUGCCUUUCCUCUGCAAAUGGUUUUCUCUGACCUUUCUCACACAGCUUCUCAUAUUUAAAAGGAACUGCUGACCAUUUAUAAAUUUAUGUUACCAUGGAUAUAAAAGCGAAGCAAGUGACGGAUGAAGAAUUGUUGAGCAAGCUAGAGUACUACUGUAACAGUGCCCCACGUUUGCAGGUGGAAACACUUGAAACCAUUCUCAAACACAACGCACAAGUAGAAUAUCUGCUGAAACAUGGCCUCAACGCUCGCACAGACAUCGAAUCCUUCAAACAAUACAUUCCUCUCAGCACUUAUUCCGAUUACACAUUUGAAAUUCAACGACUUGCAGAUGGGGAGAAAUCUCCAAUUUUGUCGCCAGAUCCACUUCUAUGCAUGUUUUUCAGCUCGGGGACUACUUCUCAGCAGCCAAAGCUAAUACCGCACUUUGAUUCGGAGCUGUCGCGGUCUGGCAGUAAUUUUGUCCGCCAGAUUGCUGCUGCAUCUGUCAGAAAGAUAUUUCUUCCAAGACAUGGAUCUAAAUCUCUGAGUUUUAUGUAUGCCGGCAAGGUUAUGGAGACCAAGGGCGGUGUUGAGGCUAUGGCUGCCACUGCCUAUGGUCUGCGAAACCCACAAAACCAAAACAUGAUUUCUAUGUAUAUCAGCCCUCCACAGGUUUUCCUGGGGUCAGAGGUCCAACAGCAGAUGUACUGCCAUCUUCUCUGUGGUCUCAGAGUAGCCGAAGCCAUCGACAGCAUCAAAGCCCCAUAUGCAUAUGGUUUACUUAAAGCAUUUCAACUCCUGGAGUCCCGAUGGCAGCAGCUCUGUGAGGAUAUAAAAAAUGGAUAUAUUAGCCCAACAGUUGUCACUGACUUUGCAAUGCGAAAAAAUGUUGAAGAGCAAGUUUUAGGUGAACCAAAGCCUGAGAUUGCAGAGAGAGUUCAGCAGGAGUGUUCCAAAGGUGAGUGGAGAGGAAUUGUCGGGAGAUUAUGGCCAAAUGCCAGAUAUGUGUCCUGUGUUAUGACAGGAAGCAUGGAACAGUAUUAUUCCCAAAUUAGACACUAUGCAGGUGAUGUGACUUUGUUGGGUGGGGAUUUCCUUGCCUCUGAAUGUGCUGUGGGAGUCAACUUGGAUAGAAUCCGUCCACCUCAGGAGACACUCUUCACCAUUGUGCCAACCGUGGCUUACUAUGAGUUCAUUCUCGUCAAUGACUAUGGAGUCCCGAAUACUGAUAUUGCUACUGUGGAUUUGUGCAAUGUGGAGGUGGGGAAAAUGUAUGAAGUUGUGGCUACCACAUAUAGAGGACUUUACCGCUGCCGACUUGGAGACAUUGUGAGAAUAAGGGGUUUUUACGGGCAUACACCUCAGGUUGAGUACAUCAGUAAAGUAUGCAAUUUUGGAGACAUUGUGAAUGAGAAACAACUGAUGGAUGUAAUGCACAAGAUUGGGCAGAUUUUUUCAUACGAAACAGAAAUGGAAAUUGUGGAUUUUGCAUGCAAUGCAGAUUAUUCAUCUUCUCCAAACCGUAUUCAGCUGUUUUGGGAGCUGAAGGAGCUGAAAAAUGGCCCCAGUUUGGAGGAACCUCAACAUUAUGAGAAAUUAUUCAGAAGAUACUGCCUUCUUUUUGAUGAAUGUUUGAAUGAGUAUGAAUAUAUAAGGAUGGAAAGAAUAAAUAAGAAUUUGAAUCCUUCUGAAUUGUGCAUAGUUAGAGGAGGAAGCUUCGAUGCAAUCAUGGAGGUUGCAAUGCAGAAGGGGGCAACUGCCAGUCAAUACAAGCCUCCUAGAAUAAUAAGAAAUGUUCACAUUUUGAAUGUUUUGAGAACAGCUACUCUGAUUAAGGUCUCUUAGUUUUGAGACUAACCUCAUAGGUCAUAGAAGGAGCAGUGCCAUCUUGGGCUGCUGCUUUAAUUUGCUUGCUCCAUGCAGUCCAAUGCAUUUGCAAAUUAGUAAAGGCUACAAAUUAAAUUAUUGAAAACCAGAAGAACAGUUGUUGAAAGGAAUUUUCAGAGAUAUUAACAGUGCGGGGUUAUAGAUUUGUUCUAAAAUUGAAAAUCAGUGAAACAAACUUUUUGUGUUAAAGUUUUAAUUUAUUUAUUUGAGUAUCUAAA